AUGGACCUCCUCACAACCGACUACCACACAUCCAGAACCUCAGACACCGACUACGGGGCCAUCGACCCCAACGCGGCUGUCGAUACCUAUCUUGGGAGUUAUGAUGGGGAGUGGAAUGCAGUGUUGGAUUUCUUUUGUAUUGAUCCUGGGGAGUAUGCUAGACGGGAGAAGAGGGAGGUUGUUGCUGCGGCUGCUGCUUCUGCUAAUAGCGGUAGUGGCUCUGCACGCAAGAGAGUCCCGAUGAAGAAACUCCCCGGCAUGACCGUCGGUCUGUUCGACUACCAACUCGCCGGGGUAGUCGGACUACUACGGUUUAUACUGAAGGAUGUAUCCGGCGGACUGCUGUGUGACGAGAAAGGGCUGGGCAAGACACAGGAGAUGUAUGGUCUUAUUGCGUUUGCACAGGUGCUGAGGAAGGCUAAGAAUGAAGUCAAGGCUGCGUGGAGAAAGGGGGCGGAGAAGAAGAAGACUGGGACUACCGGCACCACGGCUGUUAAUACUAACACUACUGGUACUACUGGUAAGGGUAGAGGAGGGCCGAGUGGGCAUAACCCGCCUGGGACCACGGAGGCCAGGGGGUGUCCGUUUGACGAGCGGUAUGGAUUCCGGUGUUAUUGCUACUCGGCACUGACUAGGGAGCUAGCGGACCGUAUUCCGGAUGGGCCAAACAUUGUGGUGGCCCCGGGUCGGAACUGUGCGGGACUGGUCUUUAAGAUCAGGGGGUUCCACGACGGUGCGGGUAAGGAGGAUGGGCUGACGGCGGCGGAUGUUAAGGCCCUGUGCGCGUCGGUCACGGUUAGGAAGAGUGAUGUCGAGGGUCAACCCGGUCAAGAUGGACGAGCCGGGUAUGAAUUUAAAUACCAGGCUGUGGCUGGGCAGAGCGACUACAUCAUCGUGGUAUCGCCCGAGUACAUUGCUCGCUUGAAUAAUCAGAUUACGGUCGACCUUCGGCUUGAGUCGGGCGAGAGAGCUAGGAAAUCAGCUCUCCUACCGGGAAUGAUACUGCUGGAUGAGUUCCACGAGUAUGCUAUCGCGAGGGCCGAUAAUCCCGAACACAGUCACACCGUUGCAUGGCUGAUGCACCUCAAGAAGUGCUGCUUAGGCUCAUCUCAGCUAACCCCCCUGUCCUACUUUGUCUCGGGCACUCCGCUGGGUCAGACACCGCUGGAUAUCCGUCCGGCUGUGGCCUUGUUAGAGAAAACAGCCUGGCACGACAAGGACCACCCGCUGCGCGGGGCUACCGUCGACGCCUUCGAUUCCCUCGUCCACACCUUUGACCGGCUCACAGCCAUCCAAGCAGCCGGGGACGUCGUCGACAAACCCAGCAUCGCCGAGUACCGCCGUCGUCUCGACAACAUCCUCCGCCAUACCAUGAUCCGCCGACUCGGGACCGACCAGUUCCAAGGCCGCAACCUUACCGACCUCGGUCCUCUCCAAGUCCACAUCACCGACCACCAGCUCCCGGAUUUUCUGGUUGACAGUGUCCAGACUUUAGCCUUCACCACCCGCGACCUCGUCAAAACCGCCGCAGCCACCCACAACAUGUCCGUCCCCCGCUUCCUCCGCAACCCCCUCCUCUCUGAACCCCUCCUCCUCAAACUCCGCCUCACCUCCCUCUUUCCCUCCCUCGCCGCCUCCCCCGUCCUGUCCCAAUUCGCCUUCUCCCCCUACGAACUCGCCACUUUUCUGUCCGCCGCCCAAAACGACAUCACCAAAACCCCUUAUUAUUCCCACAUCCCCUCCUGGUCCGCCGCCUCUCCCAAACUGACCACCUUAACCGCAACCAUCCAAACCAUGCUCUCCGACCGCACCCCCGUCCCCGGUGCCGCAGCGGGAACCACCACCAAAAAGAUGUGUGUCUUCACCUCGACUGAGGCGGAAGCUGUGCUGUUGCACGCUUACGUCUACCUUAAACGCUCCGACCCUUCUUUCUCUUCCCCCGCCGGUAGUAGCAACCCCCCGAUGGAACCAAUCCUCCUCCAUACCUCCCUCCCCCCCUCCACCACGCAAUCCCACCUCACGAAAUUCCUCACUCCCGGCCACUCCCCCCCCAACAUCCUCAUCUCGCCCCUCUCGCUAGCAGGCACAGGCCUCAACCUCCAACAGGCUAAAUACAGCACUGUAACAGGACCCACAUGGACGAAGAGAGAGAAUCAGCAGGCGUUUUAUAGGAUUCAUCGGGUUGGACAGAGGCAGGAGACACGGUUGGGGUUGUUGGUGGGGGGGUGGAAUCCUGUGGAGAGGUUGAUUUUGAGGGGGUAUGAGACUCAAUCUAAGGGGAAGUUGAACCUGUCAAAUCCUUAA